AUGGGUGAUCCAUCACCAGCGAACAAUGCUAAGAAUUAUGAGGAUAAAAAGAAGAUUACAAGAUUAAUUAGGAACAGGCGAAGUGCUCACUUGUCAAGGCAAAAAAUAAUUAUGCUUAGAAAGAAAGUGGAGAAAAAGAAGAGUGAGGUGAAAACGAAGAAGGUUCCCAGUAUUAGCUUCUUUGGUGUGUUGUUGUUCUUGAUGUUCUUUGGUGGGUUCGUUUCUUUCUUGAAUGGGAGAUAUCAAGGUGAAAGUAAUCAGCAAAACACCAAUGAGGGUGCAGAUGCGUUUAUUUAUGUGGACAGUGGCACUGCUCCUUUGGCAGCCUCCUUGUAUGUCCCGAGGAAUGCUACACUUGGUAAGAUUUACGGAAACUUGAUAAUUGUGUAUGUAUUGGCAAGUGAGAAAGUGAUGACAUCUCACGGAGAAGUGCUCAUAAGAAAAAAUGGGGAGGCAGGAAUUGCUAAAUACUUUAGUCAUUUUUGA